AUGGACGAACUAGAAUACCUGCAGCCAGGAUUCGACCUGAGCUCCCUCACUAUGCCUCGUCUGCGCAAUAUUCUUGUCAACCACGAUGUUCCCUAUCCUGCCUCCGCGAAGAAAGCACAGCUGAUCGCUAUACUGGAGGACGAGGUCCUGCCGCAGGCUAAGAAGCUAUUGCGCGAUCGCGAAAGGGUGAGGAGGACCAGCACCGGAAUCACCGAUAUGGGCAGUCGAGCUUCAUCAGUCGUCAGCUCUAGGGAUGAGCGAGAAUCCAUGCCACCACCUGCCACGCCGUCCACCGUUGCUUCAACUACAAGCACAAGACGCGGUACAUCCCGACGGAGCGUCCGCGCUUCAACAAUCGAUACUGAGGAGUACCUCGCGCCAGCGACACCGGCUUCAUCCAAGCGAAAAAGCACAGCGCGGUCUGUGGGCAAGCACCCUCGUGCCUCGGAUACGGAAACCGGCGAUGACAACCUUGCAACACCAGUCGUUGCUGUCGGUACCUCACCGCGAAAAUCUACAGCGCGUAAGAUGCGGCGCAGUGAGGUUCUGCCUUCCAUGGAGACCGAUGACUAUACUCCUGUCAAGGCCGAGCCCAGAGACGAUGUGCUCUUAACGGAUGACAAUCCCUUCCAGAUGCGAGCCGAAGGUCUCAGCUAUGAGCCUAAGCGCAAAAGUGGUGGACGCUUGUCUACUGAGAGCCCGGCCCGUAAGAGUGGACUGCGGUCGCGGAAAUCGGCCACUCCCGGUAGCGUUAAGCAAGAAGAUGGGAUCAGGGCUCCUACGCGUGAAAUUUUCGACUUUGCUUCACGCCUAAAACCUCCUAAGGAAGAGUCCGAAGAGUCCGAUGAAGAGUCCGAUGAAGACGAGGAAAGUGAAAUAGGUGCCGGCGAGGAGUUUACGCCGGAAGAGCAGCUUGCCCUGGAGACAGAGCAAUAUGCACCGCUCACCCAAGUUCGAAAACGCUCGCGCAAGCAAGGGAAGACCAGUAUCAUCGCGUCCUGGUUCGUGAUCCUCGGAGUUCUUGGUGGCUUCGGUGCUUGGUGGCGUAAGGAGAAGAUUGAAAUCGGCUAUUGUGGUCUUGGAAAACCUACCUGGUCGCUCGCUGAGACAAAUGUCCCUGAAUGGGCCAAUGUUCUCGAGCCACGAUGCGAGCCUUGCCCGCCUCACGCAUUCUGCUACCCCGACUUCGAGGCUCGUUGUGAGCACGAUUUCAUCCUCAAGCCUCACCCUCUCGCCCUGGGUGGCCUCGUACCUCUGCCGCCAACAUGUGAGCCCGACAGUGAGAAGGCACGCCGUGUCAAGGCGGUUGCGGAUAAGGCCGUAGAGGAACUUCGGGAGCGGAGAGCCAUGUAUGAAUGUGGUCAGCUCACUGAGGACGGAAAGGUACCAUCGCCUGAAAUCAGCGAACCCGAACUGAAGGAGGAAGUCGCCAAGAAGCGCCGCCGAGGGCUCAGCGACAGUGAAUUUGAUGAUCUGUGGAAGGGAGCCAUUGGCGAGAUCGUUGACAAGGAGGAAGUCGUCAGCAACACCAAGCAACCUUCCGUCCUCGUCCUAUCGUCAACAUCAACAGCCCGACUCCCACUCACAUGUGCCGCCCGCCGCUACGUCCGACUCGCUCUCCUCGCGUAUCGACUCCCUCUUUCAUUUCUAGCUACGAUCAUUGCGGCUCUGGCUUACGCCCGCUCGCGUGUUCGGGCCCGCCGCUCUGACAUGGCUCGAGUGCCCGAGCUAGUCGCAACUACUCUCGACCGUCUAUCUACUCAAGCUGCAUUGCACGCCCGCGGUGGCGCCAUAGAGCCCUAUAUUCCCAUCAGCCAGCUACGUGAUGAUGUCCUGCGUUCUGAAUUGCGGGACAAACGGCGGGAGGAGCUAUGGACUCGAGUUCGUCGUGUCGUCGAAGGUAACGCCAAUGUGCGAGCAGCCGUUCGUGAAGGCCGCAGCGGUGAUGUCGCGCGAUGCUGGGAAUGGAUUGGUGGCAUCGGAGGCGCUGGCGGUAAUGGCGCGGAACUUGAGGGAAGUGCUAGUCGCGGGAGUGCUCGGUUCUCACUGCCUUCUCCUUCGGGUAACGCCGACGUGGACCAGCAUCACAUGGACGACACCAAAGACGAGCUAGCUACAAGUCCUCGACAGGCCCGCCGCUGGGACGAGGGCCGUCCGAUCUACUGA